AUUACACGGGGAAUGUUUUCCUAGAGAUGUCAGCCUACAAAGGACACAAUCUCUCUUCUUCAAAUUCCUCCCCAAAAUGUCCUUUCCCAACAGCUCUCCUGCUGCUAAUACUUUUUUAGUAGAUUCCUUGAUCAGUGCCUGCAGGAGUGACAGUUUUUAUUCGAGCAGCGCCAGCAUGUACAUGCCACCACCUAGCGCAGACAUGGGGACCUAUGGAAUGCAAACCUGUGGACUGCUCCCGUCUCUGGCCAAAAGAGAAGUGAACCACCAAAAUAUGGGUAUGAAUGUGCAUCCUUAUAUACCUCAAGUAGACAGUUGGACAGACCCGAACAGAUCUUGUCGAAUAGAGCAACCUGUUACACAGCAAGUCCCCACUUGCUCUUUCACCACCAACAUUAAGGAAGAAUCCAAUUGCUGCAUGUAUUCUGAUAAGCGCAACAAACUCAUUUCGGCCGAGGUACCUUCUUACCAGAGGCUGGUCCCUGAGUCUUGUCCCGUUGAGAACCCUGAGGUUCCCGUCCCUGGAUAUUUUAGACUGAGUCAGACCUACGCCACCGGGAAAACCCAAGAGUACAAUAACAGCCCCGAAGGCAGCUCCACUGUCAUGCUCCAGCUCAACCCUCGUGGCGCGGCCAAGCCGCAGCUCCCGGCUGCCCAGCUGCAAAUGGAAAAGAAGAUGAACGAGCCCGCGAACGGCCAGGAGCCCACCAAAGUCUCUCAGGUGGAGAGCCCCGAGGCCAAAGGCGGCCUUCCUGAAGAGAGAAGCUGCCUGGCUGAGGUCUCCGUGUCCAGUCCCGAAGUGCAGGAGAAGGAAAGCAAAGAGGAAAUCAAGUCUGAUACACCAACCAGCAAUUGGCUCACUGCAAAGAGUGGCAGAAAGAAGAGGUGCCCUUACACUAAGCACCAAACGCUGGAAUUAGAAAAAGAGUUCUUGUUCAAUAUGUACCUCACCCGCGAGCGCCGCCUAGAGAUCAGUAAGAGCGUUAACCUCACCGACAGGCAGGUCAAGAUUUGGUUUCAAAACCGCCGAAUGAAACUCAAGAAGAUGAGCCGAGAGAACCGGAUCCGAGAACUGACCGCCAACCUCACGUUUUCUUAGGUCUGAGGCCGGUCAGAGGCCAGGAUUGGAGAGGGGGCACCCCGUUCCAGGGCCCAGUGCUGGAGGACUGGGAAAGCGGAAACAAAACCUUCACCGCUCUUUGUUUUUUGUUUUGUUGUAUUUUGUUUUCCUGCUAGAAUGUGACUUUGGGGUCAUUAUGUUCGUGCUGCAAGUGAUCUGUAAUCCUUAUGAGUAUAUAUAUAUAUAUAUAUAUAUAUAUAUAAAAAAACUUAGCACGUGUAAUUUAUUAUUUUUUCAUCGUAAUGCAGGGUAACUAUUACUGCGCAUUUUCAUUUGGGUCUUAACUUAUUGUAGAGUAUCCAUCCAUCCAUCCAGCAAUGUGACUUUUUCAUGUCUUUCCUAACACAAAAGGUCUGUGUGUGUGGUUAGUACAUGAAUUCAUGGCAUUUUGAAUACAUUCAGUACUUUAAAAAUGACAUAUAUAUUUAAAAUAAAAUAUUAAGAAAACCCACAAGCUUGGAGGGAGGGGGACUAAGAAAGCACAUUCCAAUGUAUCUUUUCACAAAUGAAUUUAGCAAUUGUCUUUGGUGAGAUGGAACAUUGACGAUUUAUGCCUUGUAGCCUUUCCCUUGUGGUGCAUCUGUGGUUUGGUAGAAGUACAACAGCAACCUGUCCUUUCUGUGCAUGUUCUGGUCGCAUGUAUAAUGCAAUAAACUCUGGAAACGAGUUC